CCCAAGUUGAGCCCCAUGCCGAGAAUACAGAUACAAAGCAGGUGGAAUUGCGACAUCGCCAGGGCUUCGCUUCUCCAACAUCAUGCCACCCGACAGUCGAGGCGGCUCUAAGCCUGCAGGAUUCCAAUCUAGAUCGACACCGAACCUUCCAACGCUACAAUCGCUACAAACACGCACUUCCAAUACACGCAACGGUCCCCCCGCGUCCACAUCUGCUACCAGCCCACUGUCAAACGAUGGCGUUGCAUCCCCGUCUGAAGUCGCGUCCGCUGAGGACAACCAGGAUGAGGAGGAUGGAGUUCUCACAUUUGACGGUGCAGACGAUACCGAGUCGGACGACGCAGAAGACCCUCCACCAACCGCCCGACCAUUGUACACCUCCAAAUCGCACACCCAACUCCCUCCACAUACCUCCAGUAACCUAUUCCCACCGUUCUACAAUAGACCACCGACCCCUCUGCCUCCUUCGCCGUCGCUGACAUCGCUUCUUCGACCCUCGUUCAGUACGACGACCUCACGGCCGACGACUCCAGAAUCGUCCGAUGUAGAGCUACCCACACGCACAAACACAAAUGGCACAAGCAUAAGCACCCCAGGGUCGUCGGUCAAUCUUGCAAGCAUCACCAAGUCUGCGCGGCAUGCGCCAGCCGUUCCUCGGGCGUCACCCAAGGUUCCGACGUACGAAUACUAUGGUUUCGCGGUGUAUCUAGCCAGCUCUGCUGCGUUCCUCUUAUACAUUGUCUGGGCCUAUGUGCCUUCGCCUUUGCUGCACCAGAUGGGCAUACACUACUACCCCAAUCGAUGGUGGGCGCUGGCGGUGCCGUGUUGGCUGGUCGUGCUGGUCAUAUACAUAUAUGCCGCGCUGGCGAGCUACAACACACGAUAUCUCACAUCUCCGCUGACGAGCUGCGAAAACCUGGUGGACGAGUGCGCACAGAUAGCGAUUGUCGACAGGCGCACCGGAGAAAUUCUGCGCGGACGACAACCGCAAAAGGGAAAUCAAGAUGGCAGGAAGGAUAAGGAAAAGGGCAUAGACGGGAAAGGCAGUGGGGCAGCGAGUCGAUCUAGCUCGAUGUCUAUCCAACAGCACCAAUUCAGCAAAUCCGACCAGGUUGACUGGAAUCAACUAUGGAGCAUGGGCACGGACGCAGUCAUGGAUAUACCGCUUGGUGGGGUGAACGAGAUUUUGUAUGGCGCCGGCCGGGACCGGGCAGAUGUUGGGAGAUAGCGACUGCAAUACACAACAUAUCCACAUAUCCACCACAUCCACCACAUACAUCACGACUCGGUGCUGCAACUCUGCUGGGCUAGAGGC